UGUUUACAUUUUUUUUUUGGUAAUUUAAUAAUUGUAAUAAAUAAGAAAAUAUGUUAAGUGAUUAUGAAUUAUUCGCACAAUUAUGUAUCAAACGCGGAGUUUUUUCACCACCAGAAAUUUCGGAAGCUAUGAAAAUAGCCAGUUCAACAGGUGAAUUGCGGCUGCCAUGUCAAUCAAUAGUAAUACCAGUAUGUGAAAUAAUAAGUCGCGUAUUAAUAUCAAGUUCGACAAUAAAAUCAGUUGACUUGAGCGACUGCAUGCUGAUCACAAAAGGUCUGAGUAAAAUACUCGAGUCACUUCGUGAGGGUACGAAUGUCACAACAUUAAACUUAAAAGGAAACAACAUAAGUGGUCAUAUAUCUAGUCAACUUGGUGAUAUAUUUAAACACAACAAUACUCUAAAACGUUUGUAUUUGCAGUGGAAUAACAUUGGCUCUGAUGUCGAGUCAUUUUACAAAUUCUGUCAAGGUCUCACGAUAAAUUACAAUAUCGAAGAACUAGAUUUACGGUACAACCAAAUUACUCAUCACUGCGCAGACGCUUUGACAGAUUUACUGAAAAAAAAUAAAGCGAUCAAAAUUUUGAAUCUCGAAUGGAAUACUCUGGGUCUUCAUGCCGGAGAAUCUCUGCUGGCUGCUGUAAAAAAUAACAGCAGUAUCACUAAAUUAAAUUUACGCGGGAAUUGUGUACCUGAUAGUAUUGUCGAUUCAAUUGACAGCAUCAUGCUGAGGAAUCAGAGGAAAAAGUCAAUGACCGGAAGUAUGUCUUUUAAAAAUAAAUUAGCUGAUGAUUGUCAUGAUAAAAAUGAUAAUUGUCUUGUGGUUUUGUAUGAGCGCAAGAAAGUUGACAGCGGAGUAGAAAAUAAAUUUAUUUACGAUGAUGAAUUUAUUUCUGAGGAAAUGAAAUGUCAAGAAUUUAAUUUUGAUGGUAAGAAAAAUAAUUUUACGCGAAGAAAUUUGAAUGAUGAUAAAUUAGGAGUCAGUGAUUCUGAUGACGAGUCAUUUAAAAUUAAUGACGAUGAUGGUAAUGGAGAGAGAGAAUUAAAUAAAAUAAUGGAGUUGAAUAAAAUUUUACGAGAGCGCAGUGACACAAUAAAUGUACUGACGAAACAAAUAAAUAGCAAAGAUGAUGAACUAAAAUGUUUCAAUGAUUUGGUUGAUAAACUGAAGUGCGAAAUUGAUGAAUGGAAGAAAAAGUAUGAGGAAGUUGUUGAAAAAAAGAACGGAGAGAUUGGGGAAUUCAAAAAAGAGCGGGAAAAAAUUGAAGAAGAUUUAAAUAAAAGGAUUGAAGUUCUUGAGGAGAACUUGAGUAAAUGUUUGGGAAGAAGUAAAGAGUGGGAGAGCAAGGCACGAUAUUAUGAGAAAAAUAUUCACAAGAGUUCGAUGGAGUUGAUUGCGUUGAGAGAAAAGUGGAUGAGCAAAUCCAAAGAAUAUGAAGAUUUUAUUGAAAUUAAGAGCACGGAGAUGCAUAAAAUCAAGAGAGAGUUCAAGGAAAGGGAGAAUAAGUAUAAGAUUGAGAUAAAUAUUUUGAAGAACACGUUGAAGGACACGACCCAGGCAUUGGAAGAUUGUCAGGAGCAGUUGCAGAGGUCCAGGAAUGAGUUGCGCGAAAUGAACAGUAGUUUGAUGGGUUUCAAAGCGAAAGUUGAUGAGCUUGAAGGUAUCGAUUGUAAGUACAGUAAAUUAGUGGAAGCGUGUCAGAGGAUUAAGGACGAGAAGUUUGGGGUUGAAGACAAAUUAAACGACGCGCAGAGGAUUAUUGUGAGUCUUAGGAAACAUGUGGAAAGUUUGGAGAGUGAACUGGUCGAGCCCCAACGAAAAUACGAUUUGCUGAAGAGCGAAUUGGAUGAUGAGAGAGAGAAAUAUAUGAGACUGAAGCAGGAGCUGGAAGACGAGAGGACGAGGAUCAAGGAUCAGGAUUUACAGCUGCAGAAAAUGAGCCAACAGGUGACGGCGAUGAGCAGUCAGAUCAAUGAUGUGCAGAAAAAAUACUCUGAGGAUUUACGGGAAAGGGACAGAGAUAUCCAGCAGCUGAGGGAAAUAGUUAAGAGCAAAGAAAAAGAAUUUAAUGACUUGAAAACUGAGGAAGCGCAGCGGGCUGGUCAAUUACACGCGGCAUUUAAUAAGUACCUGAGUUCAAUAGGAUCCUAGUUAAUAAUUAUUUUUUUACGUGCGUACUUUAUAUUUAUAUUUAUUACCGUUUGUACAAAAAAAAAGUAAGUGAAUAAACGUUAUUUAUACA